AUUGAAGUGACGAGUUAAAAUAGACGUACCGAAAUAAUCCAGCGUUGGACUGCAGUGUUCGAACGAACGCCGGCAAGCAUGCCGCGAAAUAAUACCGCGUAGUAUAGGCAUACAAAAAUCUUUUACAGAGAGGUAAUUUAAAAUAAAUGGUUACACACGCAAGAAAAACACCAAAGGAAAAAUAAGUAAAAUGCUGGAACGCGACGCCGAGACUGAGAUCGGCGAUUACUUUCGCGAAAAUCUUUUGGGCGUACGUAGAGCUGUGGAAGGUUCAGAAUUCCGAAAAUUUGCGGCCCUGAACACCGACGGAGAACGUGUUGCGUACAUAUUAAAAUAUGCAGAGGCACGUCGCCUACCGCUGGAGUUUCCAGGAGUUGGAGAAAAGAACCGCGACAGAGCACUCAAGCUGAAAGAAACCGGAAACAGCUCUUUCGGUCGCGGGAAUUUCCUCAAAGCUUUGGACAACUACUCGGACGCUGCAAUAGUAGCACCUGAAGGCGAUCUAUCAGUGAUUUUGGCAAAUCGUUCAGCGGUUUUGUACCACCUGGAGCGUUUCGAGUUGGCGGUAUCGGAUGCCGAAGAGGCAGUCCGCCUUGGAUAUCCCCAGGAGCUUAUGUACAAGCUGGAAGAACGUCGCGCAAGGUGUCUCCUAGCCUUAAAAAAGCACGCUGCGGCUAUGGACGCCUUCAGAAGUACAUUAAAGGCGCUUGAUUACGCAAAGAUUUCCGCUGAGAAGAAGCAGAAGAUUGAGUACGACGUGAGGGUAAUGCUGGCCGUCAUGGAGAGGGGAAACCAGUUGAACAGCAUCGCCAACUCCCAGAAUUUAACCACUCCGUCACCUUCCCUGAAAACUCCUUUACCCAAGCUAUCAGGCAACCAAAAUUCGGAUUAUCCAGCAUUCAGCGACGCCGUUGAAUUCAAAGAUUCCGGCGGCUCGGUUGGAAGAUACGCCGUUGCAAAACGUGAAAUAUUACCCGGCGAUGUACUGGCAACAGAAAAACCACACGCUGCAGUUCUUCUUGCGGAAUACAGACUGUCUCAUUGUCACCUUUGCUUCGCGAGAGUAACCGCUCCAGUACCAGCUUCGUGCAACACCUGCACCAUCAUCGUCUACUGUUCACCAAAAUGUCGGAAUCGCGACGUCAAAGCACACGCGCUGGAGUGUCCUCUACUGCUGGCGUUGUAUGUGUCUUCUGCCUCCGUCACGUGUUUCUUGGCUCUGACGUCGCUUAUUCGAAAGCCGUUAAGCGAAUUGCUGAAGAUGAAAGAUUCUUUGAACACCGAGAUCAAGCCAUAUAAAGGAGACGAUUACAGGUCUCUGCACGGGUUAGAUUCUUUAACUCACGUUUACUUGAAUUUUGAAGUAACACACGAAGACGAAAGAACAGCAGAUGAUCUCUUUCACCGAGCGUACAUGGCCGGCUGGCUUCUUAGACUUUUAAAACGUAGUUCGUACUUCCCCGAAGAGGUCAACACUCCGGACACUGCUGAUUCACAACUUUCUCCCGAAGAAAUCUUUGUGGGGGGCUUGAUCCUUCACAAUAUUCAAUUACUGCAGUUCAAUGCUCAUGAGAUUUCAGAAUUGGCAAGACCCAAGGGUGCGAUAACUUUAGACAAGGCGAAGAGUAUUUUUAUCGGUGGAGGUGUCUAUCCGACAGUAGCUCUUUUGAAUCAUUCUUGUAAUCCUAGUGUCAUCAGAUAUUUCAUUGGAACAACGAUGGUGGUUCGAGCGCUGCGAACCAUAAGACCGGGCGAAGAAGUUAGCGAAAAUUACGGUCCAAUUUUCACUACCAUGCCGUUAAGUGAGCGGAGGCGGAAGUUGAGAUUACAGUAUUGGUUUGACUGUAGCUGCGAGGCUUGCACGAAUCAAUGGCCCCUUCUCGAAGGCAUAGAUCCACGAAUACUCAGAUUCAGAUGCGAGUCUGGCGCAGCUUGUGGUAACAUUAUACCGGUGUCGACGGAAUCGAAUGAAUUCAUGGUUACCUGUUCGAAGUGUAAAAAAUCGAUGAAUAUACUGAAGGGAUUAAAAGCUAUCCAAGAUACAGACUCGAUAUUCAAGACUGCAUCUAGGCACCUUGAAAAUGGUGAACACGAGAAGGCACUAAAGGGAUACUUCGAAAUUUUGAAAUUACUUGAUGAAAAUUUAGCGCCUCCUCUCAGAGAUUACCACUUGUGUCAACAGGGGGUCAGACUAUGUCUCCUCGCUAUAGGAAACACAAGUUUUCAUUGAGAAAAUGUGAUGUCUGAACGAAUAGUUUCGAAAAAAAAAAGAAAGAAAAAAAAUGUUCUACUGCAGAACUGUUCAGUAGAUCACUGUACAUUGAAAAAUAAAAUUAAAUAUCGAGAACAAUGAAAUUUGAAGUUCUCAAUUAAAAACGCAGAUAUGAUAAAUGGGUAAGAUUGUACCUUAAUGCGACUAAUGAAUGAGGUCGUAACAAAUAAUACCGCAUAGAUUACAGCUUUAUUUUAAUUCCUUAAAUUUGUAAGAGUACAAAAUAAUUAAUACAACAUAAAACAACUGUGGGUUCAUUCACAUCAUAUUCGUGUCCUUUAAAACACGUUAUUCCAUCAACCACUCCGUUGAUUGAACGUCAUUUAUAGUCAGUAAUUGCAAUAAAAUAGUUAGCUUCUCAAUAUAUUUGAAACACAGCGCGGAUGUAUGUGAGUGUAGUACUGUUCAUUUCUGUGUGUAUACGUCUUAGUCCUAACUUAAAGUUAUGUAUCAUAAUAUUUGUAUGAUGUGUUUUUCCUUUCUUUUUUCGUUUCUUUUUUGAACAUGUGAUUCAAUUAAUGUACAAAGAAUGCUUUGCUCUUCUUCUUCUUCGGAUUUUUAAGUCCGUCCAUUCUCGAACGUUUAGGAUCUAACUGUAAUUAAAUAGAACAAUACUGUAGAAUAGAACGAAGGAAAAUCCGAUUGCGUUUAAAGAAGCUCAAAAUUGACUAUACGCGGGUUCGUUGCACCGACGUUACAAAAAAAAAAAAAAAAAUCGCUGUAGACAAUAAUAGGUAUUUACGUAAUUAAAAAGACGUCUAUCACAAUUACAAUUUCAAGACCAAAUACACGUCACUCUGUGUUUACACUAUUUACAAUCAUCAAUCAUCGUAUGCAAGUAUCUACAUUGUCUAUAACUUAUGACCUUCAAUUUAUAGUCACUGUCGCCGUUAUCAGAACUCUACCUAUUAUUUUGAGCUGUCUUUAUUAAACAAAUAUCAAUGUAUCAACGGUGCUCUAUGAGGUUCUACUAAUUGAAAUAAAUCAGCGAG